AUCAUUUGAAUUGUACGCGAAGGAAUAUCAGUUGUGUCUUGGAGACGGCGGGCGGCGGUCGUGUGUCCCGACGGAUAAUUAAUAUUAGUGUGGUGUCUGUUAGUGCGAUGAAGUGGUCGAUAUUUGUUUGUUUGCUCGUGUGCUUGGCGAGUUACUGCGACGGCCUGGCCAUAAAAUGUUCACCUGGGGUGAUAGAUCCUUCAUGCACAGAAGAAAAAAAAGAAGUUGACAGACACGAAUCACAGCCGAGGGACCCGACGGAGGUGCAGUGCCUGGUGGGCAGCGAAUGGGAGAGCAACUGCCACUACUGCCGCUGCUCCGACGAAGGAGUCGCCGAGUGCCUCAGGCAAGACACUUGCGAUAAGGGCGUAUUUGCGGAGCCAGUCCUCUGCAAGCCAAACACGACUUUCCAGAGAGACUGCAACACUUGCAUCUGCCUCGAGAAUGGACUUGGACUUUGUACCUUAGAGUUCUGUAGGAGAUCAGGCAGCAUCGAUAGUUUUCCUGAGAUCCUGAUUGCUGAUACCGAGUUAAAUAGUAAAGAUGAAGCCAGUCAACCAUUCAAAACUGAAAUUGUAGUCCCGACAACGAAGUCAGCUAAAAAUAAAACGAAGUCUCGGGUCUGCGAGGCCAAUCGUAUGUUCAUCAAAGACUGUAACACUUGUUGGUGCAAUGAAGAUGGGACUAGCUAUUACUGCACCCGCCGGGUUUGCGUGCCUCUUCUGCCUGAAGACCAACCUGAUAUCGGAGGAAUACCAGCUGAAAAUCUUCGCGUGAUAAAGAAGGAAUGUCGACCUAAUGAAGUUUUUGAGUUGGACUGCAACAUGUGUCGGUGUAACCCUGAUGGAAAGUCCUAUGCUUGCACCAGAAGAGCUUGUGAGGAACUACCAGAAGACCAAAAGAACGCCACAUUAUCGAGAAAAGUGCGAUCACUAACUACGGAGCCGCCCAAAGCCUGCAAGCCCGGCCAGGAGUUCCGGAUGGACUGCAACAAGUGCCUCUGUGACAACAAGGGACAGGACUUCUCAUGCACUCGACACGACUGCAACGCCCUCAACAACAACCAUGCUAGUGCCUUCACUGGAGUUAGGAGUAAACGAGAAAUAUCCGAGCAGCUUUCGAUGCAGUGCGUGCCAGGCAGCGUGUUCGACCGCGGCUGCAACGUGUGCAAGUGCACUGACAACGGCCAGUUCGCGACCUGCACUCUCAAACGGUGCAAGACUGAAACCGACCAUGCACCUGGUAGAAUCGGAUCAAGGCUUCCGUUGUAACCCUGGCGAGCAGUUCAAACGUGACUGUAACGACUGCACCUGCUCAGCAGAUGGCAGGAGUGUCUUCUGCACACUGCGUUUAUGCGACGAAGCCCUAACAUCAGACAUUUAAAUUAAAAACCCUAUACUUAUCUUGAUAUGAUACGAUUUCCAUCUUCCCCUAAAAUUUUUGCGAUCCGUAGAGGGCGCUAGUAUAGUUUAAAGACUACCGGAUUUUUGUUACAAAUUAAUAAAUGUUACGGUUUUUUGCGUCAUUAAUUUUUGUUUGUGAUAUUAAUCAGUGUCUUUUUUUUCUUAUUUAUAAACACCAGUGAAUUUGAUUUUAAUUUUCCUUUUUUCCACUCAAAGUAUGAUGUUGCCAUAAUGUGUAUAAAACGUUUUUUUAAUAUCGUGUCAUUUCAAGAUGAGUUUUUUUUUUGUUUUCGUAGCAGCUGUGCAGUCGAUCAGACUCUCUGUUAGUCGAUUUGUCGAUCGAGUAACUGUGUGCAUUAGUAUCAUUUCAAUGUUUUGUGUUUUUUAAGUAUUUUGUGACUAAUUUUACUUAGUAUGUAAUACGAAUGAACGAUUAGUUAUUUUAAUAUUUCACAUAAUUGUACAAUAUUUACAGAGAACGUUAGUUAAAACUAAUAAUUUCGGUAUCAUCGAUUAUUUCGCAGUUGAAAAUGAAAUAAAUCUACUAAACGACAUUUUAAAAUCGACUAAAAGUGAAUAAUCGAUGAAUCGAUUAGUUUUGUUUGAAUACUGAAAGUAUAAGUACAUUUAUUAGUUUUUCCGUGCCUUGUAUUCAGUUUACGUAUUAGUAAACUAACUUAUUUUUAAUAAUAGUAAGUGUGAAGAGCCUAUUUUCAUUUUGAUGUGUGUGUGUGUCAUCGGCAUUAUCAACUUAGUUGGCUAACACGCGAUUUUUGUGUGUAAAUGCUUGUUUUUUCAUUUCAUUUUCAUUCCUUUAGAAUAAGAGUUGAGUGGGCCGAGUGAGUAACUAAAAUGUUUUUAUUAUUUGUAAAACAGAUCAACUAUAGUCCAUUCAUACUAAAACAGAAUUUUGAAAAUCGGUCCAAAAAUGGCGGAGUGAUCGGUGAACAAUUAAAAAAAACAAACGUCCGAACAUAGUACCUCCUGCUUUUUUUGAAGUCGGUAAAACAUAAUAUUGAUAUGGCAAUUACUUAAUUUAUAACUUGUAUUUAAUAUCAUACAUUUAUAUUAAGCCUUUCAUUGCCAACAAAAAACUGUUAAAGGCUAUUCCUCCACUAGUGUCGGACAACGUUGUCUGACAUGGCGUCUAAUGUGUUAGUAAAAAUAAUGAAGAAUUUAGUCGAUUUUUUGAUACUUUAGUCGAUUUUUCAAAUAUUGGUUACUUGCUCGGCGGACGAAUAGUAUCACUUGAAUGUUUAGUAGUUAAAUAAUGAAUAGUAAUACGUGGCUUAACUUAGAUAAUACGUACCAUCAUGUAUUAGGCGAUACGUAAUUAAAACUUAAGUAAUUUGAGUUAAAAAUAAUUAUCAUGGAACGAAUAAAUGAGUUUAUUUUA